AUGAUCCAGUGGAUAGAGACACUGGACUCCGACCCUCGUGGUCGCGAGUUCAAUUCCCUCGCCACGGCAGUUGUUCACACGGCGGCACAAGUGUGUAAAAACAAAAAGAUAUUCCUCAAACACUUGGAGAAACCGUCAAAGCAUUGCGGCAAAGAAAUCGGAGACAAAAAUGCAUCACUUUGCGCAACAGGAAUAUACAACUAUGGCAAGACAGCACUCAACACCUUCAGAAGAACCGAGAAGCUUUCCUUCCGCCCGAAAAAGCUACAGAGAGACAUUCGUUUCCCGAAUCUUUGCAAAAAUUAUGAUGUUACACCCAGAUUUGUUAAUUUCCGUGUUCACAACCCCUUGUUUACACACACCCAGACAUAUCGUUCUUGGUGUCGUGUGCUUCUGAACCGGGAAAUCACUGUGCAAACCAAAAAAGAAACUUCUCCCACUGUAAAGCUAAAUGACAACAUAUCUCAGUUAAAAACUACAUUAUCUUCACUGGACUUCAUUUGUAUUUUCAGAAUAAUCACAAAUAAUGUAAACAAUAAACUACGUAGAGUAGAUUCCAUCCAUAACAAAAAACUCCUCAAUCUUGGAAUUAACGUUCAGAAGAAAGUGAAUAAGGACAAAGUUAUAUUCAAUUUCUCAGACAGAAUUCUUACUGAAGAACAAAAAGGUAUACUAUCUCUUGGUUUGGACUACUGUUUGCCUCCGACAAAAGCCACCUUCCACUUGUUUUACCUACAUUUUGAUAAAUUAUGUAAAAAUCUUAAAAACUGUAAUAUCUAUAAAAACAGCUUCAACAAUGUUACCUACGAUAUUACCAUAAUAGCCAACACUACUUUCAAGAAAUUUUCACGUCAAGUUAAACAGACAUGUGAUUCAGAGGCCAUCCUAUCUCCUCUAAAAACGCUUAAGAAUGACAAAACAAUAUUGAUUACCAAACCAGAUAAAGGUCGGGGUGUUGUCAUCUUAAAUAGUUGUGACUACAAACAAAAGAUCUUGAACAUUCUCAGUGACCACACGAAAUUCAAAAGAAUUACUACUGAGGUAUCAACUCAUCUAUUAUACCUCGAAGUCAAAUUAAAACUACUCCGGAUCAUUAAAACCUCCGUUAAUGAAAGCACUUAUAAUUUUCUUAUGACUUCUGGCUCCAUACCUGGUCUUCUCUAUGGACUCCCCAAAGUUCAUAAACCUAACAUUCCCCUAAGGCUCAUUAUUUCUUCGAUUGGCACUUUUAACUAUAACACGGCAAAAUUCCUGGUUCCUAUCAUAUCCCCUCUAACUACCAAUCAGUACAAAAUUGAAAACUCUACUACCUUUGUAAAUGAAAUUACAUCCCUAACAUUUCAACAAGCCAUUACCAUGGUAUUAAGGCCAUAUGGUCGCUUUACACAUUGUAUGUACACUCCUGAUGUCACACUUAUUCUACUUUUGAUGUCACACUUUAUGACACUCUUGAUGUCACACUUAUGA